AGAAAUACUCUUUCAGCACUGGAAGCUCGAGCUCGUCCCAACCAGCGCUUGAAGCUGGCUUUCGGUAUUGACAGCUGCUUCACCUCAUCGGACGAGAGAUCAUGCAAGAGCUUCAGAGCUUAUGUUGAGAAGCUGCUCUAUGUUGAUGAGAAGGAAUGGGUCAACUUCGCCGCUACUGCUCGUGAUACUGCAAAGGAAGCUCUUGAGGGUGGCAAUGAAGAUACGGCAAGCUUGUUUGGUGUGGUUCAACUCUUGACACUCAAGACCAUGCUGAGAGUGCUCUGGCCCGACCGCGAUCUGAAGCAAAGCACGAAUGAGCAGAUCGCCACGCUUGCUCAUGAAGUGAACAUGCAGUGGCUUCGUUCCGAGGAACGUAACUCGAACGACGAUCCAUCUUGUCUUUUCGAUGAGCAAACAUCACUCAAGGACGCCAUUAAAGCUGUCUUUCCGGACUGGAACGAAGAUGACAGUAACGAAAACCCAUGCAACUUCAUCCUUCCAGGCUACGAGACCAUGUGGCGCGUAGUCCUUCGCUGCUUUGUCGAGAUCAAAGCUCGCAAUCACCACCAUGCCAUGCUCUGGAACUAUGCAUUGUGGAAGUUUCUUCGACAGCCAACGAAGCAAGCACUUGAGAGACCUCUGGUCGAAGUGCAGAAUCGUCUGGCAGCUAUCCACAUUGCGCAAGAAGCACUUCGUCUGUAUCCGCCUACUAGACGCAUCUACCGCGAGCAUCGCAGUGCUGAUGGUCAGAAAACCACUGUUUCUGCGGAUAUUGAAGCAAUGCAACGUGAUCCAAGCAUCUGGCAACACCAGCCAAAUAUCUUCAACCCUGAACGGUGGAUCAGCAUCGAAGAUGGUUAUGCUAAAGGCUACAUGCCUUUUGGUGCCAGCCCCUUCGACUGCCCUGCAAAGAGAUGGAAGAACGUCCCCAUGCCGUUUGGUCUGUCUAUGAUUGCUUUGCUUGUG